AUGGCGGGAUCUCCUGAAACUAACGAACAUUUUAACGAAAUUGAAAAGGAAAAACUAGUGUGCUUCUUUCGGGAAUUAUAUGAUCACGUAAAAGAGAAAGAUGUAAUUGAUGACCUUGCUGAUAUAACACAUGAAACUGAACAGCUAAUCGAUGCAAUUUUCAAAGAGAUCAACGACUCCGAUGAUAAUCCAUUUACCAUUCGCAAAAGACUUACUACGGGAAGUACAUAUGAUGGAACCACGACUGGACAGAUUAGCGAUUUCGAUUUUAUGGGACUUUUAGACAUUCCACCAUCUUCCUUAGGAUUCAUAAAAGGACUUAGCUCUAAAUCCUGUCAAAUUGUUGUGAAGGACGUUAAUCUGAGAAACUACUUUCAAGAAGCCUCGAAAAAGUAUAACCUUUCGGUAAUCACGGAAGAGUUCUUCUUUCUUAAUGACGCGCGAUUUCUAUUUCAUAGAAUAGUUGGCGACGCAUUGGAAAAGCUUAAGAAUGAUGGACACCAUUUGCUGGAAGAACCCGGGAAGGCUAGUAUUUUUCUGCAUGAGCAGAGUAGUGCUCCUUGUGCUACAAUGACUGUGACCAGAAAUAUAGGCAGAGAUACGGAUGUUACAUUUGGAUUGGAGACUGAUUACAAAGCAAUAGAUGGUGUCCCUAAGGUUGAUCCCGAUUAUGGCAAAUGUAUCAUAGUGCCUAAAGGUCCCGAAGGACAACCUCAAGAAUGGGCGAUGUCGUUUAGUCAACAGGAGAAACAGAGACUGUCCAAAAUGAAGGAGAGUCACAAGAAGAUAUUAACUAUAUUGAAAGCGAUCAUCAGCAUAUUCAAAUCAAGCACGGGAUUUGACUACUCCAUCUGCAGUUCAUACGUGGUGAAGACUAUCGUAUAUCACCAUGACAGCACAUGCAAUUCUCAAGCCAAAGCUGGGGAAAUAGACGCGGAUUGUAUUGUCGAUAUCGUUGGAGAAAUCGAACGCCUCUAUCUUCUCGACAUUCUUCAGAAAGAUGGAGGAUUAAAGUUCUUGGUCCAAAUUUGUGCGGGGUCGUACUUCUCUAAAAUAGAGAACUAUGAAAAACCUGACUUGUGGUUUCUUUUGCAAGAUUUCUAUCGGGAUUGUGCAACUAAGCUGUAUGAUGGUAACGAUCAUUUACCAGACUUCCAUCCUACAUUUCUUGACGAACCAAACUGGUUUUCAAUUCCGGCAACUAGACAGAUAACUGCGAUAAACAUUGAUAGCGUUCGUGAAGAAGUUGCAAAGGUUACCCAAGCCGUCGAAUCGGAUGCAAGUAAAUUGGAUCAUCUAAAAGGGCUUUGGCGUGUCGUUCAGGACCGUCUACCUUAUCAACCAGAUACGAGGUAUUAUCUGUAUCGCAUGUUUUCCUUGUUCAACUGCGGGAUAAAGAACCUCACCAGUGUUUACGGACCACCGAUAAACGUCGCCGCAGCCAUGCCUUUCAAUCCUAGCAAAGAUGUUUUAGGGAGAGACAAAUGGUGCAUUGGGGUCGUGUACGCACACCUAGUGGCUAUAUCUUUGCGGAAAUUAAUUAUAUAUAUAUGCAGAGCAUCUGACCGAGAAAUAAAGCGUACGGAAACUCAGUACAGAUAUGAUCGUGAUGUUUCUGCAGAGGACGGAAACAUUUGGUUUAAAAUUAUUCCGACUCUCCGCGCCAAACGACCACCAGAAAUUCUUGACGUUUUUCACUUUGUCAUAUCAAGGUCGUGGUCAUAUCAAGAAUAAUUGUGACACGAUAAAGUCAAAUCACAAUUGACAUCGAUGCUUUUAUCAACCAUAUUUUGUUUUGAAACCUUUCUUUGUGCUGGAUUGGAACUCCAGUCCUCCAAACACCUUUUGGAGCAAUGUUUAAAAUGGAGAUGGUAUUUAAAAAAGCAAGAGCUAAAAAUACGAUGGAACAAUCCAUACAAGCAAUUGUCUUAAAAUUAGAGGUCAAAAACUCAGUGCAUAGAUCGCACUUCAUCUGUUGUUCAAGAUUGGGCAUCGCUGAGUUUGAAAAGAAGAGUAAUACUCUAUUGGACUUAAGAUGGGACAAAUCCAACACUGUGACUAAUGUUACAAUAGCAUCU